CAAAAGAUCCUUUUGUUGAUCCAGGAAGAAAAGAAAAAGGUGGCGCAAGAACAGCUUGCUUGUGUAAUUCAAAUGCCUCUUCCUUGAUUUGGGGAAAGGGGAAGGCUUGCAAAUUCUGAAGCAUGGAGGAGAUGCCAAGCGAGAAGAAACAAAGUGAAUCUGGAUCAAUUAAUUGCGCACCUAGUUCAAGCAGCAGCCAGGACAUUCCCAAUUCACUGGUGAAUAAAGAUGAAGACCUCGCUAUUGGGGUGGUAACAGAGUUAAAGAAGGAGGGGACGCCCAUUGAACAGAAGGAGGUAAGGGCGUCAACGGCCAUCGACUUGAAGGAGGAGGGUACAACCACCCAACUGAAGGAGGAAGGGGCUUCCAAGGAGGAUGAGGCAGCUGUUGACUCCAAGGAAGAGGGGGCGAAAACCGAAUUGGAGGAAAAGAUGAUGUUAUCCCAGAAGAGAGACUAUGAGAAGGCUAUCGAACUUAAGGGAGAGGGGACAAGGCUAUUCCAGAGGCGGGAUUAUGAGGGGGCGGCUCUUGAGUUUGAUAAGGCAAUAAAGCUUUUGCCAAAGGGGCACGAUGAUAUCGCCUUCCUCCACUGCAAUAUUGCUGCAUGUUACAUGCACAUGAAACCUGAGAGUUAUGAACGAGCGGUUGACGAGUGCAACGCAGCACUGGAAGCAUCGCCGAAGUAUACAAAUGCAUUGCUGAAAAGGGCACGAUGCUUUGAAGCAUUGGAUAGGCUGGAUCUGGCUUGUGAGGAUGUGCAGAAGGUGCUGAGCUUGGAACCAAACAAUGUCACUGCAUUGGAGCUCUACGAGAGCCUUAGGGAGGAGAUGGAGACAGAAAAUUUAUUGGAGAAUCAGGUUGUGUCACCGGUAGAGCCUAAGGCCGGUUUUUCAAAAGAGAAGAUCCAGAGGAAAGUAUCUCGCAGAUUUAGAAACAAUUCCAUAGUUGAGGAGGUGUGGUUGAUUCACGAUGACGAUGAGCAAGAGAAUGAUGAAGAUGGCAACGAAGAAGAGUGCAGUGAAGAAAACCACAUGGAGAAUGACUUAAGCAAUGAAGGAAAUGAUACCCGGGAGAUGCCAUCGAGACAUAAUCAUGACGAGGAUAAAAGGAACACGGAACAGAACCAGGUGAAGCAUGGUCAGCACAAACUAGGAGCAGAUGAUGAAGGCCAACGACUGCAGCAUGCUCCGAGGGAUGCGGAACAAAUGCACCACAAAGAAACAGAGAGUCAAAAUAAGCAUGAAAAGCCCCUCAAAGAGAUAAAGGUGAGAAGUGGUCAGGAUCAGCAGGUAAUGCAUACAAAGCAGAAUCAAGUCGCCCAUAUGGAUGUGCGUCAAAAGCAAAUUGAGGAUGUACCAACCACUAGCCGUAGCAACCAAGAAAUUCACUCUGAGAUGUAUGAAAGGUUUAUCAAUGGCAACCAAGCAAGACGCUCCUUAAAGCGGCAUACUAGUCGUGGCGGGGACAAGCAGGAAAAGCAAACUUCAGUUAAACUAGCAAGUCCUGGGGGAGAUGAGCACCAAAAACAGAAGCGCGCAUAUGCUAGCGAUGGAGAAACAAAGACUGUAAAGUUUGUUAUGGGAGAUGACAUAAGGAUUGCACUUGUUCCAGAAGACUGUAGUCUACGGCAAGCGAUAAACGUAGCUCGGUGUAAGUACAGUCCCCACCUGAAGGCAAUGCUUCUUAAGUUUCAGGACAUAGAGGGUGACUUGGUGACAAUUACAUCAACUGAGGAACUAAGGUGGGUUGAGGAUCUGAAGCAAGGACCCGCUCGGCUGUACAUAAAAGAAGUAAGUCCUGAGCGCGAGAUCACCAAGGACAUCGUCAUGCCCAAUAUUUCUACGGCAACACUGGAAAGAAAGCAUAGCAUCUCUGAGUGCGGAAGCGCUAGACACCCAGCAGAAGACAAGAGCUCAUCAUAUGCUGAUGACUGGAUGGUGCAGUUCGCUCGUCUAUUCAAGAACCAUGUUGGUUUUGAUUCUGAUGCAUUAGUGGAUCUCCGUGACCUUGGUACGCGGCUGUGCAUUGAGGCAAUGGAAGACACCAUCACAAGCGAAGAAGCCCAGGAGAUAUUUCAUGCCGCAGAGGCAAAAUUUCAGGAAAUGGCAGCUUUAGCAUUGUUUAACUGGGGCAACAUACACAUGUCUCGUGCAAAGAAACGACUAUCUUUAUCAGAGGAUGCUUCAAAGGACUCUGUACUUUCCCAGGUCAAAACCGCAUACGAACUGGCAUGCGCUGAAUACGUCAAAGCUGGAAAGAAGUUUGACGAUACCGUGGAUGUAAAGCCAGACUUUUAUGAAGGCCUUAUUGCGCUUGGAAAUCAACAGUUUGAGCAAGCAAAACUUUCUUGGCGUUAUGCAGAUGCUUGUAAGGUAGACAUGCGAACUGAAGUACUAGAGCUAUUCAAUCGUGCUGAGGAUAAUAUGGAAAAAGGAAUGGAGAUGUGGGAGGGAAUAGAAUACUUGCGACUAAAAGGGUUAUCUAAAUCAAAAAAGGAGAAAAUCCUACUGGAUAAGUUGGGAUUGGAUGGGCACCAAAAAGAUUUAACAGCAGAUGAAGCGUUUGAGCAAGCUUCAAAUAUGCGAUCACAGCUAAACAUUUCAUGGGCUACCAUUCUUUAUGAGCGAUCAGUAGUAGAAUUCCAGUUAGGUCUUGCUAGCUGGGAGGAGAGUCUCACCGAAGCAAUUGAGAAAUUUAAGACCGGUGGAGCUUCGCUGGCAGAUAUCAGUGUAAUGAUAAAGAACCAUUGUGCGAAUGAGAAAACUCAAGAAGGUAUGAUGUAAUCGUGUGACCUUUUUCUGUAAUUUUUUGUUCCUCUGUUGCUAAAUCAUCAAUACCAAAACUUGUAUGUGUACACCAUGUAUGUUAAUAAUUUCAUGCUUCUUAUAAUGAUUAUUCUGGGAAAUGUAAGCUUCUGCAUGCAGUUCAAGUUUUACUACCUCAUUCAUUGAGAAAGACAAUCUAAACCCUAACAUAGGGAGCCAUCUUCAAAUAUUUUUAGUGGACCACUAGUGUUAACCAGAAUUGGUGGAUGGCUAUUUGUAAUAGUAUAAAAAAAAGACUACGACACAUUUCCAAAUAUCCAACUUAUACAGACUUGUAUGUUAUCGCGAAGAAACGCAAACAUUAGGAUCUGCCAUAGUCAGUGUGUAGCUUGCCACUAUCCAAAGACAAUUGGUUUCAUCAGCGGAUAGUAAGGUAUGUCCACAACAACUGUCAUGCUACAAUUUGUAAUAAUAGAUUCCGGAAGCAACUUCAGUAUUACUUCAAAAAUGUUUAUGGACAAAAAAAUCAGAUAUCAUUAAUUUGUCUUGGUCAUGUUAUGCCUUACAAAUAGCAAAAAUUACAUUUAAUCCUGGUGCUCAUUGUUACAUUUUAACUUAACUAAUCUGCUAUGCUAGAAGUUCGAAAUUUUAGAUCCUCUUAACUACAUUCAAGGGCAUAUAAGUUGUUAAGAUUUUUUUCUUUGUUAUUCAGGAUUGAGCUUCAAGAUUGAUGAGAUAGUUCAAGCAUGGAACGAAAUGUACGAUGCUAAAAAGUUGGAAAAUGGUAGUUCUUCUUUCCGUCUUGAACCUUUAUUUCGAAGACAGCCUUCGAAGUUGCAUAAUGUACUAGAGCACAUAAAGUACACAUGAGCUUGUAUUUAACAUAGGACUUGAUGCUGUCGACAUGAAUACGAAUGUUGAUACUAAUUGAAAAAGGUAAUUUCAUUCUUUAAUGAGAUGUAUUAUUGAGGUUAUUCCAAGAUAUCUAUUUGAUGUAAUACACUAGUCCUAGAAAAGUAACCGCGGCAACUUUUUCACCAUGCGGAAUCAUUAAAUAUAAACCAUAAUAAUGACUGGAUAUAUAUAAAAUUAAGAAUGUGAUACAAUAAAUCACAAUAUCCCUUAUGCAGUGACCAAAGCAAUAAUACCAUAAUGAUAUAACGAAAUGAAGUGUUGUGGGCACUGGGGCCACAUUUCACUCUAAUACUCCAAC